GGUGGGGGGACAGGCGCAUGUGACGGGCUUUUGGACGUUUUCCAAUCACCUCCAAGUCGGGAAGGGGGAUCUGAUCACUCCACACAGGGAUCGGUGUCAUUUUCUCACCGCGAGCCUCCCGCCCCCCUUUUUUUUUGUCGCCCGCGGAUCGAUCACAGCACCAUGCGAGCAGGAGAGACGCGCCCUGUGCCAUGCUGAACGACUCCCCGGCUCUCCUGCUGGCCCUCACCGCGGUGGCCGGGAUUCUCCAGCGAUGUCAGGGCUGGAGCGACGAGGACCUCCUCCUGCCGCCCACCAACUCCUCCGACACGUUCGUGGCCAACCUGGAGGUGGACGUGCGCUUCUCCAAGAGGUCCGUGGAGGAGAGCGGCGACGCCGCGUCCCCCGACGGCUCCCCCCUGCAGCCGCUGUCCCAGUGCAACGUGAGCGUCCAGAGGCUGCAGCCCACCUCGCUGGUGGCCCGCUGGGACAGCAGCUUCGGCUUCCAGUGUGACGUGCUCAUCUACACCACCAACAACCACGGCAGGGCUUUUUUCUCCGCGUCUCUGAACAGGGCGAUCUCCCCCGUCGUCAUCGAGCACCUCGGGGUCACCGGGGGUCAGCAGGAGCUGCGGCUGUGCGUGGGCUGCGGGAUGUCCCGGUACCGGAGGUUCGGUCAGGGCAGGUCGAGGGGCCAGCAGGCCGGGGAUCAGGUCACUUUCUGCUGCGUGGAUUUCAGCCUCGACGAGCUGAAGGGGGACAAAAGUUGGAGGCUGAACCGAAAGCCCAUCGAGUCGACACUUGUGGCUUGUUUCAUGACUUUGGUUAUCAUUGUGUGGAGUGUUGCUGCUCUCAUAUGGCCAGUCCCGAUCAUUGCAGGAUUUCUGCCCAAUGGGAUGGAGCAGAGGAGACCGAGAUAAUUGAAAUAUUCUUUAUUAUAAUUAGCCUGUGCUGCCUAUACUAUAAUUGUAGCCAUUCAACUGUUCUCCUGAAUGAAUGAUUGAGGAGCUUUGGAGACACUUUGACCAAAUGUUUUAGUUUUGGGUGUUCUUUAAUCCCUAAUAAAGCUCCUCGUCAUACUUGGACAACCAAGGUAAAGUAUGAUGGAUUAUAAUAGCCAAUAUUAAUUUAUACUGGGACCAACACCAAUGUUUUUUGUAUACCCUUGUAGGCCUUCCUAUAGAUUAUGUCAACGUAAACUGUGCACACUUUUAUCUUUUAACAGUGUUUGUAUAGUUUUUAAUAUUUCUAGAAAGUUUUUGCCUUAUCCCAUGUGUAGGAUUUUUUCACUGAAAACUGAAUUUUAAAGUGUGCUGUCACAUAUCUAACCUAUAGUCUAUAGUAAAUGUAUUAGUUUUUUCCCAAUAUACGUUGUGAAAAAAAUAGAUGUUGUUUCAGAUUGACGUAUAGAGGGUUUCAAUAAUUAUAUUAUUACAUUGAUUUAUAACGUCAAGCUUAAUGGACGUGCUUAUUUGUAUUCAUGUUUCGGCGGUUUCAAUUACAAUAAAAUUGAUUAUAGGCUAUA